GUUCUAGCCGGGCCUUUUUGCUCUGACUCACAGAGCUGUUGGCUCUAUUGAGGAAGUCCUUUAGUGACUCUCGGCCUCUAUACACUAUAGAGUCUGACCGACAGACAGACAGGAAGGGAGACAGACGGCUGAGAGUGAGACAGGCAGGGAGUGCAGAGGAAAAAGACUGUUUGAAGUCGGAGUCGAGGACGCACACGAGACCGAGAGCCGGACAACGCAGACUAGAUUUAUGGGAAAAAAGACAACUGUCAAAUAGGGAUUGAUUGUUUUUCCGAGAGGUAUUUUGAACGAGUUGUUGUCCAGCUGUUUCUUUUUCUAGAAGGACUCUGUGCACGCUGAAGACCGACCGCUGAAGACAGAAAGAGAAGAAUACUUUCUGUCUCAGAGAGGGAAUACAGACGCACGUCUUCUACCUCGGCCGCAGGAUUAUGGUGCAGUUGGUUCGGUCUCAGGAUCUGAAGGAGGAUCAAAAUGCUGAAAUGUAAAGUUGACCCAGGUUCUCUCUGCCGUCUGUGCUUCACCUCGCUGCUGCUGCUGCUGCUGGUCCGGGAUCUGAGCAGUGCCGCUCCCGCAGAGUCCCAGUCCGUCCCGUGUAACAUCUCGGUGUCUGGACCCGUGUCCGGCCUGGACUCCAUCUCGCUGACCGUCACCACGCCCGGACGCAACUGCUCCUUCACCGUGACGUCUCCGGACGCCGCGGCAGACGCCGCCGAGUGUACGGCGAGGAGAAACGAAGGAGAGGAGGAGGUAGAGACUAAUGAGAUCAAAGGAGAGGAGGCGGCGAAGGAGGAGAUGGGAACAGACUACCUGAGAACUAACCAGCUAGGAGUGGAGGACGGAGGGAACGAGGAGCUAGGAGGCGUUUUCACCUGCGUGCUGGAGCAGCUCGAGCCAGGAACCGCCUACCUGCUGCAGGUCCAGUCCCAGAGAGAUGAGGAGACGGCAAACAUCACCCUGAACACCAGGCCGUCGGCGGUGAGCGGCCUGGCGGUGACCUCCAGCACCUGCAGCAGCCUGGGCCUUUCCUGGCAGGCCGGCCCGGGCAGGACGGAGCGCUUCAAGCUGCAGCUGUGGGACCAAACGGAGUUGCUACGGUGCAUAAGUUUAGAGAGCACCGCGACGCAACACACGCUGCUCGACCUGGCGCCGGGGCGGCUGUACAACGUUACCGUGGUGACGGAGGCUGGCGGGCUGCAGAGCGGCCGGACGACGGCGGCUCAGACAGCUCCCGCCGCCGUCUCCAACCUCACCGCCGACUACAGCGACAGCAGCAGCUUGCUGUUGUCAUGGCAACGUCCCGCGGGCGACCUGGACGAGCUCGUCGCCGCCGUCGUCUCGACCAAUGGCACGAGCCGCUGGGAGACGACGCUUCCGCCGGACGCCACGGAGGUCGCCGUCGACCAGCUGACUCCCGGCUCGGCCUAUCGGGUCGCGGUGACGUCCAGGAGCGGCAAGCUGACGAGCCAAUCAGAAAUCACCGUCAGGACAGCUCCGGCGGCAGCGUCCCUCCUCACCCUGUCUCCCUCCCCCUCCCCCUCCGGAGGCCUCCUGCUGUCUUGGUCGCCCCCCGCUGGUCGCUGGGAGAGCUACACGCUGCUCCUGUUCGAUGGGUCGCAGCUGUUAGACAGCGCCACUCCGGAGCGAGAGGCGGCGAACUUCAGCUUCCCCGGGACGGGACUAACGCCUGGGAGAACGUACAGAGCUGUGCUAAGAGUGGAGAGCGGAGGACUGACGGCUGAGAGCAGCUGUGAAGGAGCAACAGCUCCGGCCUCGGUGUUGGACCUCCACGUACGCCACUCUGACGAGACAUCGCUCAGCGCCAUGUGGAGCCACGCCCCCUCUGGGUCACGUGACAGCUACUUCCUGACCCUUCGCCACGGUAACGUCACCGUGGAUACCAGGGAGGUGGAGCCGAACAUGAGGGAGUGCACGUUCAACGUGCUCACACCUGGGCGGCUGUACACCAUCACCGUGACAACCAGGAGCGGGAAACUGAACACCUCCGUGUUAUUGGAAGGGAGGACAGUUCCCAUGGCGUUGCAAAUGAUUACUCUGACAUGCUCCGGGGUCAGCAGCCUUCAGGCAUCAUGGGAAAAACCACCGGGAGACGUGGACUCGUUCAUUCUGACUCUCCUACAAGACAGUGUCGUGGUUCAGAACUACAGCGUUCCGGUCGGUUCUUCUUCUCUGCUGCUCGCUGGUUUGACCCCCGGCGCCCUCUACCGGCUGCAGGCCGCCGCCGUCAGCGGGGGGCUGCGCUCUACAAGCACCAGUCUGGAGGCACGCACCGCCCCGGCGUCGGUCUCCGAGGUAACCGUCGCCAACGGCGGCCGGUCGGACGCCCUGCGGGUGUCGUGGCGCCCGGCGGCGGGCGUGGCGGACAGCUACCUGGUGCGCCUUCAGGACGGGAGUCGGAGCGUCCACACGCUGGCCGUGUCCCGCUCUUCGCCGCCCGAGUGCUCCUUCAGCUCGCUGGUCGCCGGCCGCCUGUACUCGGUCGUCAUAGUGACAAGGAGCGGCAGGCUGGAGAACGCCACCGCCGUUCAAGCACGGACACAGCCGGCCACUGUGCAAGACCCGACAGCUGUCCACUCGGCGAGAGACGACUUCCUCAAGGUGUACUGGCGUCACGCAACUGGAGAUCGGGACCGCUACGUUGUUCUGAUCCGUUACAACAACAGCGUGCUGCAGAACAAGAGCGUCUCCGCCACACGCAACGAGUGCGUCUUCUCGUCUCUGUCGCCGGGGAGACUCUACACCGUCACCGUGGAAACCUGGAGCGGGGACUACGUCGGCAGCGUCUCCACCGACGGUCGCACCUUUCCGGCAGCUGUUGGAAAUCUGUCGCUGGACAACGCAGGAACAGGUGAUCUGACGGUCACCUGGAGCCCCGCCCCUGGAGACGUGGACCACUACGAGGUGACUCUGCUCUUCAACGACACUUGCGUUUUCCCUCCGGUGACGUUGGGCAGCGAGCAGCGCCGUCACCGGCUGACCUUUCUGACCGCCGGGCGGCUUUAUAAGAUCGUGGUGUCGACGUUCAGCGGGCCGUACCAGAGGGCGCAGCACAUCGAGGGACGGACAGUUCCCAGCGCCGUCGGGAACCUGCGUCUGUCUCCAUGCUCCUCUGUCGGCGGGCUGCUGGUCUCCUGGACGCAGGGAGGCGGAGACUUGGACAUGUACGUCGUCUCCCUGUCCACCACGGAUGGCGUCAUCGUCGAGACUCGCCCUGUCCCGAAACACGUCUCCUCCCUGGACUUCCAGGAUCUGACCCCAGGUCUCGCCUACACCAUCAGCGUCCAAUCGCUGAGCGGGAAGCUGACCAAUCGCAACACAGCCACCGGCAGAACCGCUCCGGCCAGAGUCACGGCGCUGCAGGCUGAUAACGACCACACCACGCACAGCCUGACCAUCAGCUGGGAGAGGCCGGUGGGCGUGUACGACGGCUACAGCCUGCAGUUAUUGGACAAGGCCGGCGUCGUUCUGGCCAAUCGGUCGGUCCCUGUGGGGAGUCGGAGCGAGCGUCUGGAGGGUCUGACGUCGGGGAGGUGGUACAGAGUGAAGGUGGCAACGCUCAGCGGCGGCGUCCCGUCGCCGGACGCCACAGCAGAGGGACAAACUCGUCCGGCUGCGGUCGGUAAUCUAACCGUCACUUCGGCCAACUCCUCCUCUCUCUCCUUCUCCUGGCGUCCCUCGGACGGCUACGUCGAAACCUACAACCUGUCCCUCUACAGCGUCACCGAGGCAACAGCCAAUCACAGGCAGGACGCCGCCGCGGGCGGGAAAGAGCAUCACCAGGUGGGACGCCUCCUCAAAUAUAGAGGAGAAAAUAUUACACCAUAUACAGAUAUAUUUUUUUUUCGGCCGACCUGCGCAGCAGGAAGUCUGUACCGACUGCAGGUGGUGAGCUGGAGCAGAGGCAUGAGCAGCGACUCCUCGGUGCUCGCCAGAACCGUCCCGUCUUCAGUUUCGUCUCUGCAGGUUGAGAGUUCAGGACGGACGGACAGACUGACGGUCAGCUGGCAGCACGGAGACGGAAGCUGGAGCAGCUAUCAGGUGGUAUUGUACGACGUUUCUGGCGCCACUCUGGGAGCCCAGACGCUCGGGGCACAGCACAAGAGUCACACGUUCUCUGGGCUGAUUCCUGGUAGGCUGUAUCGCGCUGAGGUCAUCACACACAGCGGGGAACUGACCAAUAACAUCUCAGCCUUCGGACGCACCACUCCAGAGCCGCCCACCCACCUGUCCGUCAAACAAGGCCCGACCAAUGACACGAUAGAGCUGUCGUGGUCCGGUCCCGCCUCCGGCGACUACGACAGCUUCGGCCUGCAGUGGACGCCUCCCGACAGGCUGUCGGUCACGCAGACUCACCUGACCGGCCGCGUCCUGGGCGGGAUGUUUCCGGGGCGACUGUACAACUUCACCGUGGCGACCCUAAGCGGGGGCGGAGCCCCGGACAGGCCCGCGGUCAGGAGCCAGCCAAUCCAGAGGAACGUUAGGACAAGUCCCUCUCCUCUGAAGUCCAUCCACUGCUUCCCUCUCUCCUCCUCCUCCCUCUCCUGCUCCUGGUCGCUAUCCUCUGCGCCGACAGGCUCCCUCUGGGAUCGACCGUUCACAUCUCUUCUGACAGCCAAUGAGAUGCUGCAGCCGGAGCAGCGCCACCCUCUGCCCUCCUACCGCGACUACAUCAGCAACUCCUCCGUGCGAGCCUAUCAGAGCGCCUACUUCUCCAGCCGCUGCCCGCAGGAUGCCGACACCGCCACUGCUCAGGUUGUGGAGGUGAACCUGGGCGCCGGAGGGGAUCGACUGGGCGGGGCAUGUGACCGUUACCAUGACGAUGACCUCUACCUGAGCGACAGCUACGGCGGCUUCUGUGACGGGCCGCUGAAAGCCAAAACCUCCUACAGGCUGAGUGUGAGAGCCUUCACCAAACUGUUUGAUGAAAACCACCGAGAGUUUCCUCAGCCGCUCUUCACCGACACGUACCUGUCUACACCGCUCAGGACGCUCUCAGAGCCUCUAGGUGGCGUGGUGGAGGGUUUGAGUGCCGGGAUGUUCCUGAUCGGUAUGAUGGUGGCCGUGGUCUCCCUGCUGGUCUACCGACAGCGGCUACGCAAAGUGGCUGUACAGGAGAACCCGGUGGUGAGGAUGAGUAUGUGGAAAGAAGUGCCCGCUGCAGGAUUGUAUCUGGGCGUCAGGAGCAAUCGUCGAGUCACCAGUCCGAUCAAAGCCUGUCACUUUGAGACCCAUCUGACUAAACUGCAGGCCGACUCCAACUACCUGCUGUCGGAGGAGUUCGAGGAUCUGAAAGAUGUCGGACGCAACCAGACGAUGGACGUGGCCCGAGUGCCGGAGAACCGAGGAAAGAACCGCUACAACAACAUCCUGCCAUAUGAUUCCACCAGAGUGAAGAUGGCCUACCUGGAGGACGACCCCUGCUCCGACUACAUCAAUGCCAGCUACGUACCGGGUAAUAACUACCGCAGGGAGUACAUCGCCACUCAGGGCCCGCUGCCCGGCACUAAGGACGAUUUCUGGCGGAUGGUGUGGGAACAUGGCGUCUACAAUGUCGUCAUGGUGACGCAGUGUGUGGAGAAGGGACGGGUGAAGUGUGACCAGUACUGGCCUCCAGACAGAGAGCCUCUGUACUACGGAGACCUGGUCAUCCAGAUGCUGUCGGAGUCCGUCCUGCCCGAGUGGACCAUCAGAGAGUUCAAGAUCACCUCGGAGAGCGGCUGCAGUUACCCUCGGGUGCUGCGUCACUUCCACUACACCGUGUGGCCCGACCACGGCGUCCCAGAGAGCACGCAGUCCCUGAUCCAGUUCGUCAGGACGGUCCGGGACUACGUGGACCGAUCGCCCAGCACCGGAGCCACCGUGGUACACUGCAGUGCUGGUGUUGGCCGUACAGGAACGUUCAUCGCCUUGGAUCGGGUUCUGCAGCAGAUGGACUCUAAAGGAACCAUCGACCUGUACGGAUGUGUGUUCGACCUGCGCCUGCACCGCCAACACAUGGUCCAAACUGAGUGCCAGUAUUCGUUCCUGCACCAGUGUGUGCGGGACGUCCUGAGAGCCAGGAAACAUCGCAGUGAACAGGAGAAUCCUCUCUACCCCAUCUACGAAAACUUCAACCCCGAGUACUGCCGCGAUUUCAUCUACACCGGAAUAAAAAAGUUUUAUUAA